CUGCUCACGGCGCUUGGCACCAACGCCACCUCCGCUGCCGCCUCUGGUAUUUAGAGUGAGGCGCCCUUGCCCUCACACUCCCAAACUCACUUUGCCUCUCGCCUCGCCUCCGCGUCGUUGCGUGUCGCGGCACGCUCGCAGCUCGCUCCCCCGCCUAACUUUCCUCUGGCUUCUCCACUCCUCACUCCACCCUGCUCCUGAUCCAGUGCCUUCCUUCCUCAUCCUUCCCGGUGUUCGUUCUUCUUCUUCUCUGCGACAUCGACAUGUCGAAGAAAAUUGUGGUGAGGCUGGAUUUGCAUGACAACAAGGACAAGCAGAAGGCUCUGAAGGCCGUCUCCGUGCUCGUCGGGAUCGAUGCCAUCUCGGUGGACAUGGCGGCGCACAAGAUGACGGUGAUCGGCACGGUGGACCCGGUGGACGUGGUGAGCAAGCUGCGCAGCAAGUCCUGGGCCGCGCACAUCGACUCCGUCGGCCCCGCCAAGGAGCCGGAGAAGAAGGAGGAGAAGAAGGAGGGCGACGGCGCCAAGAAGGAAGGCGAGGGCAAGAAGGAAGAGGGGGACGGCAAGAAGGAAGGCGACGGGAAGAAGGAAGGCGAAGGCAAGAAGGAGGAGGGCGGGGACGGCAAGAAGGACGGCGAGGGCAAGAAGGAGGAGGGGGACGGCAAGAAGGAGGGCGACGGGAAGAAGGAAGGCGACGGCAAGAAGGAGGAAGGCAAGAAGCCCGCCGCGGUGGCACCGCUGCCAUUCCCGCUGCACCACCUGCCGCCGCCGUACAUGAACAUGAUCACGGCGGACUACAUGAACCAGUACCGUCCGCCGCCACCGCCGCCCCCGGCGUACCACCCGUACGCGCCGCCGCCCUACUACUACGUGCGGAACAUGAGCAUGGAGGAGAACCCCAACUCCUGCGCCAUCUGCUGAAGAAGAAGGAAUAAUCGGAGGAAACCCUCGAUCGCUGGCCGCUUUCUCGCGCUGCAUGAGAUCGAUCGAGGUAGGCGAGCCAGCGCACGUACGUGUCCCAUCCAUGUGUACAUCCGUCGUCGUCGACCGUAUUAUUAUGAGAUGACAAAACAAACAAAUCAAACUAGUUUUGGGAGGCGAAACUAGCAGUCAAUUCGUACCGACGUAAAUCUGUAGCCGAAAUGCCGAAUUUGAAUUUGUAGCUAAAUUUUGUGAUGAUGAUGGUACGUGCUGCUGCCUGUGACGUAGUGCGUGCAUCUGAAUCAUCUUUUCCUUGAAGCAACGAGAUCAACGAGAGGCAGCAGAAAGAA